AAACGGGUGAUCCGCACUUCCGGUUACCUGGAGGCGUCUCGGGUUCCGGUUGCCUCCGAGUGCGCGAGCGGCGGGUGACCGAGUGGCCGCAGCUACGCCCCGGGAGCAGAGCCAUGGAGAAGCUGCGGCGGGUCCUGAGCGGCCAGGACGACGAGGAGCAGGGCCUGACUUCGCAGGGCCUGGACUCCUCGUCCCUGAGUUUCAGCACCAGGUUGAAGUGGUUUGCCAUCUGCUUCGUGAGCGGCGUCUUCUUCUCCAUCCUCGGAACUGGAUUGCUAUGGCUUCCUGGUGGCCUAAAGCUUUUCGCAGUGUUUUACACCUUUGGAAAUAUUGCUGCAUUAGCAAGCACGUGCUUUUUAAUGGGGCCUAUGAAGCAGCUGAAGAAGAUGUUUGAAACAACAAGAUUGUUUGCAACAAUUAUUAUGAUUUUGUGUUUCGUAUUUACCUUGUGUGCUGCUCUCUGGUGGCAUAAGAAGGGGCUGGCCGUGCUAUUCUGCAUAUUGCAGUUCUUGUCCAUGACCUGGUACAGUCUGUCAUACAUCCCAUUUGCAAGGGACGCAGUGAUUAAAUGCUGUUCUUCUCUUAUAAGUUGAAAAUCAGAAACUCUUCAAAAAGAGCAUUUGAAAAUUGAUGUACGUUUUUUUGGUGAAGGACGUUUUUCCCGGUACAGUAAUCACUCCUCAAACCACUGCAGUGACAGCUGAAGACCAUUUUGUGUACUGGUAGAACUUCAUGCUUGAUUAAAAUGCUAAACGCUUGUCAUGUUAAA